AUGUCAUCGCGCGUUAGCAGCAAGUCCUCGCCCAUUGUCAUUGUCGGCGCGGGCGUAUUUGGGCUAAGCACGGCCAUCCAUCUUGCUCAACGCGGCUAUACAAAUGUCAAAGUGCUAGACAAGCAGACAUACCAUGAGACGGAGUACUCUUAUGAUCGAGGCUGCGAUGCCGCAUCUGCUGAUAUCAACAAGAUCAUCCGCAUGGCAUAUGGGUCUCAGAUUGAGUAUCAAACCCUCGCAUUGGAUGCUCUCGCUCGGUGGAAGGAGUGGAAUAAAGAAAUUAAAACUGGGGCUGCCCUGCCUCCAGGAUUUACUGCGGACGACGCUCUCUUCGUGAACAAUGGGAAUCUCACCAUGUUCUCUGACAGUUCACUGCCUGAGUUUGAGAUGAACACCAUGCAGAAUAUGGUCAAGGCUGGCCUGAAGGAGUCGCAAAUCGUUCUCACCAACGCAACUGACGUAUCUCGGGCCAAGGCCAAUGGCUUCGGCUUCGCUGUCAAUCCAUUUAAAAGAAAUCAUAACUACGGAAUACUUGAUAUUCAGGGCGGCUUUGCCUACGCCGACAAGGGCUGCCGCUUUGCCCUCCAUAAGGCACGGACACUGGGCGUGCAGUUCGUAUUUGGGCCUCAACAAGGCAUGUUCUCCAGCUUCCUCCGCGAUGGCGACUCUCGUAUCAAAGGUGUCAGAACAGCAGACGGCACAUCACAUUUGGCUGAAUUGACAGUCAUGGCAUGUGGGGGAUGGACCCCGUCCCUUGUCACCCAGCUUGAUCACCUGUGCGAGACCACCGCUGGAAGUGUCUGUACAUUCCAACUACCGCGGGGGUCUGCCUUGUGGGAUCGUUUUGCGCCUGAGAAGUUUCCCACCUGGACGUACGAUAUUCGCCAUGGAGCUAGCGGGGGCCUCUACGGAUUCGCCCGAGACAGCAAUGGAGUGGUCAAGAUAGGGUACCGAGGAACCAAGUUCACGAACCCCCAGCCCCAAGCAGACGGUGUCUCUAGGAGUAUCCCCGUAACCAGAUGGACAACGGAGCCCACCCGGCAGAUGCCGCUCUUAGCAGCACGGACGAUCCGAGGCUUCGUCGAAGCCCAUAUGCCGGAGCUGCUCAGCUGUGAGACCAAGACACGGCUUUGCUGGUACACUGAUUCCUUUGAUAAUCACUUCGUUAUUGACUUUGUUCCAAAUGUCGAUGGGCUGUUGGUUGCUACUGGGGGUAGUGGACAUGGAUUCAAAUUUUUGCCAAAUCUUGGAAGCCAUGUAGUGGAUCGGAUUGAAGGAAGGCCCAGCGAUUAUUUGCACCUUUGGCGAUGGAGGAGCCUGGGCCCUUGUCAGAAGCCAUACAACGUUAUAAUGGAGGGUGAAAGUAGUGAACGGUCGCUGAAGAAUCAGGAUCUCACGGCAGAUGAUUCUCUACUCAAACAGCGGGCUCGCAUUUAGGGCGUUAGAU